GCUACAUCCAGAAGAUAAAAUCAGGAGAAGAGGAUUUUGAAUCCCUCGCUUCCCAGUUCAGCGACUGCAGCUCAGCGAAGGCGGGGGGGGACCUCGGCGCCUUCGGCCGCGGUCAGAUGCAGAAACCUUUCGAGGACGCUUCGUUCGCGCUGAGGGCGGGCGAGAUGAGCGGGCCGGUGUUCACAGAGUCAGGGAUCCACAUCAUCCUGCGCACGGAGUGAAGGGCCGCGAGAAGGAAGGAAAGAAGGAAAGAAGGAAGGAAGGAAGGAAGGAAGGUAAGAAAGAAGGAAGGAAGGACGGACGGAAGGAAGGAAGGAUGCGACCCGCUCCGACCCCGCGCUCACCCGAAGGGACUUCACCUCCGGUUGACGAAAAAAAAAAAAGGAAAAAAAAAUGAAAAAAAGAAGAAAAAAAGAAAAAAAAAAAAAAAGAGAAGCUCAUUUCAUCUCUCGGUCCCUUCCGCGGCGCCCGAGGGGGAGGCGGCGGCGGCGGCGGCGUUCGUUCGUCGGCCGCCUCGGGGAAGCAGUUGAGGAAUCGGACACGGCGGAAUCUUCCGGAACGUUGGGGGGGGGGAAAAAAAAA